AUGAAGUUCACUUCUGGCUCCCUCAUGGGCCUUUGCCUCCUCGGCCUCAAGGUCACUGGUGUGCUUUCCGCCGCUCUCGAGGCCAACGUCAACGCCGGCUUGGCCCGCGAUGUUGCCGCGAACUACGCCGCUCUGGAGGCCGAGUGCGGUGAUCUUGGCGUCAUGGCUGUCCCUGAGGGCACCGACCCCAAGGACGUCCGUCACUGCGCUGAGCACCCCGAGGGCCGCAAUCGCUACCCUUCCAUCGACACCUCGACUGAUCCCGAGGAGCCCCACAAGCUCAACGUCGUGGUUCGCGCCCCCGAGGCCGUGUCCGAGUCCGGCUCUUCUUCCGCCGAGGAGCUCUUCGGCCGCGACACCUUGGUCUGCAACAGCGACAAGUCUCCGUUCAACUGCAGCCAUGGAGGAUACUGCUGGCGCGAGUGUGGCUGGAAGAACGGCCCGUGGUGCUGGUUGGCUGGAGGCAAUGGAUCGGGCCCGUGGAUGCGUUGCCGCCAGAUGCGCGACUGCGACUACAACCGUGGCGGCAACUGCUGCGUCGGUGCCGGCUCUUGCGGCUGCGACUGCCGCAACAAGUAG